AUGGAUCUCCGGUUGCUCUAUGGAGUUGCUUAUAGGCACUCAUGGUUUGGUAAAUGGGGGUAUCGAUUCUGCCAUGGUAGCUUUGGUGUGAAGGAGCAUAACUAUGAAAGUGCAAUGGAUCUUCUCAGCUCCUUGGAGCUUGAUCGAGUGAUUGAAGAUUUCAGUCUUGUUAAUUCAUGGGUUGAUAUCAAGCAGAUUAUCCAUCGUUACAGAGAUAUAAGUGGCACCAAUUUAGUUACAAUAAGAGACUUAUUCAGAUUUAUGCUUACUGUAAAGUCGACAACUCCUGCCAUAAUUCCAUCAUGGCUUGGGAAGACAGUUACCUUCUGCACCCCUAUUAGAAGAUGUUCUUUGAAAUACCCCAGAAGACUUGCUCUCAGGACCAGCCCAUUUAGAAAGGAAAAACCCACUAAGUGCAGAAAGUUUUCAAAUCUUGCUGCUAAGAUGGACAGUAGGUGGCCAGUUAGAAGACUUGAGCAUGUUGCAGAAGUCAUUGUCGAAGCCUUGAAGGAAAAGAGAGCAGCAAACAGGCAGUAG